CAGCCCGGCACGUGACGUAGAGUAAGUUCCUGCUCUGGCUUGAGGGAAAGAAAUCUACAUUCAGCCACGGGAGAUUCGCACUUUGCGGCCUGCGGAAGCCCCCUCUCUGAAUAAUGGCCUCACCGAUCUCAGUCUACAACUCAAAUGCCUUGGACAAACACAUCUCCAGUACCUCCAGAGAGUCCCUGAAGAUGGAAUUGUUGGCAGAUGUAUGUCUGCUGCCUGGAGAGGACAGAAUUAUAGAUAAAGACAUCAUCUACAUCUGUCCAUUCCGUGGAGCUGUGAAAGGCAAAGUGUUGAUCACCAACUACAGACUCUACUUCAAGAGCUCAGAUACUGAUGUCGUGGUGACGCUGGAUGUUCCUUUGGGUGCCAUAAGUCGGGUGGAGAAAAUGGGUGGGGCAUCAAGUAGAGGCGAAAACUCCUAUGGCCUGGAUAUCACCUGCAAGGACAUGAGGAACUUGAGGUUUGCCCUGAAGCAGGAGGGCCACAGCAGACGAGAUAUUUUUGAGCUCCUCUUCAGACAUGCCUUUCCCCUAUCAUAUUCUCUGACAUCGGCGGAGUUAUCUGUUCCAGCUUCUCCUUGUAACCAUCCGAGAGUCCCAGAUCAGUUGAGACCUGGAAUCCCAAAUAGUCCUGUGUUUGCAUAUGUAACUCAGGAGAAGUAUGAGGAGAAUGGCUGGAAUGUCUACAAACCCAUAGAAGAGUUCAGACGCCAGGGCUUACCUAAUAACAAGUGGCGUAUUACAUUCAUUAAUAAGAACUAUGAGCUGUGCGACACCUAUCCUACUGUACUGGCUGUACCCUUUAAAAGUAAAGAGGAGGACCUCAGAAGAGUUGCAGCCUUCAGGUCAAGAGGACGCAUACCGGUUCUAUCAUGGAUCCACAGAGAGAACCAGGCAGUGAUUGUCCGUUGCAGUCAGCCUCUGGUUGGCAUGUCUGGUAAAAGGAACAAGGAUGAUGAGCGCUAUCUGGACCUGAUCAGGGAGGCAAACGACACUACCAAGCUAACCAUAUAUGACGCCAGGCCUAACGUCAACGCAGUGGCCAACAAGGUGUGAAGGGAAAGAGGGUUGGUUUGACAGAGGCAGGAGGGUUUACAGCAGUUUACCAUCUCAUGAGCGUUACUUGUCUGCAUCAUUCAAUCUGAAAUGGGGAAAAAGCACCACAUUUCAUCUCUGAAAUGUCACUAUGAAAUGUUAACCCUUGAGGAAGCUUCUACUUUUAACAUGCAUCAUAUACUAUAUUUAAUAUUUCUGAUGUGAUUGUUUCUUUUUUUUAAAGGUUACAAUCAGGUCUGUGAUUCAGGAUUAUUUUCAUUAUCGAUUAUUCUGAUGAUAAUCUUCCUGAUCUGUCAGUUGAGAGAAAAUCAUCCAAUUAUCAUAUUAGAGAAGCUGAAACAAAAUAUGGUUACAAUGUUUGUUAAAUAACUUUCCUAAACAAAUGUAUAUGCCUCUGCUCCAACGAAAGCCAAUGUUUUUGGUUUGUCUGUCUAUCGGUCCGUCCUUCCCGUUCCUGUGAACGCAAUAUCUCAAGGGAAUUUCUUCACAUUUGUUACAAAUGUUCACUUGCACUUGAAGAUGAACUGAUUGGCUAUUGAUGGUUGAAGGUCAAAAGGGCAAGGUCAGAGUGACCUUAAGUCCCUGUGACUGUGAUGUAUUAGGACUGCCCGUCGGGAAUGUAUUUUGAUUUCGUACAAUACAAUUGUACUCAAUGAUUAACUGAUUUGAAUUCAGUUGUAAAGGUCACAGUGGCCUAAAAAAAACAUGAUUUUGGCCUCUUGAAUGAAGGAUAUGUAAUAAACCUAAAUAUUAAAACAAUUUCAAUGCAUGGCUGAGGGGGAAAAGUUGUAUUCAAUAGAAUACAGCAAAGACACAACUAUAUAUGACCUGUAUAUUUUACGUGUUCUUCUAAUAUUCAUAAAGCAUUAGUUAAUGGAAGCAUGUAUUAAGUUGCAUUUUUCUAGAUCUUUUUUUUUUCUUUCAGAU